AUGGCUUUGGGUUUUAUUCUUACUGGGCUGUUUAUAGACAUGAACCGAGGACUCUUUAGAUGUUUACGUGGCAAAGACGUGCUGAGAAAAGCCCUUCAGACUGUUCGACAAAGAAGCAUUCGCCAUUAUAUGAAAUGCAACACAGAACAUGAAAUAAAGCGGUUUAUUGCAGAAAACACUGAGAUAGUCAAAGGUCAAAGUUUAACACCCGAGAUCUCUUUAAGACUGUUUACAGAGAAAUGUCGCUUCUGGACGGAGAGACCAGAGUUCUGGCCAUUUCCUGAUCCCUUUUGGGCGAUAUACUGGCCUGGGGGACAGGCACUGACCAGGCAUCUUCUAAACCAUCCAGAGCUGUCAGUAGGUAGAAGAGUGCUGGAUCUUGGGUGUGGCUGUGGAGCAUCUGCUAUUGCUGCUAAACUCAGUGGUGCCGCUCAUGUGGUAGCUAAUGACAUUGAUCCAAUUGCUGCUGUUGCCACAAAGAUGAACUGCGAGCUGAAUGGUUUAGAACCCUUGCCGUGUGUGACUCAGAACCUGAUCGGUUCCGAACCUGAGAACUGGGACCUCAUCCUGCUGGGAGACAUGUUCUAUGAUGAGACUCUUACAGACAGUUUACAUAAGUGGCUUUACAAAUGCAUCAAGCUUCACAGAACACAGAUCCUCAUCGGAGACCCAGGACGGGCUCAGUUCGAGAGCCACGACAUCAAGACGCUGUUGUAUGAACAGGCUCAUUUUGAGUUACCCGACUCGGUCCGAAAGGAAAAUUACGGACUGACGAGUAGCACAGUCUGGUGGUACAGACCGGAUUACUAAACUACUUCAUUUAUAUAAGCUGGAACUUCAUACUCAUAUUAAUAAGACAGACAUUAGUUACCAGACUUGGCAGGUUACUGUGAGAGAGCAGUGUUUGUAGGAUUUUUACCCCAUAUUUAUAAUGAAAUACUCUAUUCUUGAGUAUUUCGCAUGUGGCUGGGAGUAAUGGGUAUAAUCUCCUCCUUUGGGGGAAAAAAUCUCUCCAAAGGUCUAAUAAUCCUAGAUUUCUUAGUAGAGAUUUAAGUUUUCUUGCUGUAGGAGUUAUAUAUCUCACUGUCACUUUAGAGGUGUCUAUUUCUGGAUUGAGGAUCGUAUUAAAAAUCUCCCCCACCAAUUAAGGUUCCUUGUGUCUCAGCUGAGAUGAUAUUUGCUACCUGGAGGAACAUAAACAUUUAUGAAUGUAACUGGAGCACCUUCAAUUUGUCCUUUAAUUAAAAUAUCUUCUUUAUCGGUAAUUUCGGUCUGAUGGUCAUACCCAAGCUUGUUUAAUAUUAAAAUAGCCACUCCCCUCCUCCUGCCAGAAACAUGUGAUGAGGAAAAUACAUCCAUUGUGUGCCAAUUUGGAGUGUCCAGUCUGAUUAAAAUGAGUCUCUUGUAGAAAUGCCACUUGAACCUUAUCUUGCUUUUUUUUUUUUUAGUUUUGACAAAAUCUUGGUUCUCUUAAGGGGAUUGUGGACUCCAUUUAUAUUAUACAUAACUAGUUUAAAGGUAUAGUCUGAUCCAGCCAUGUACUAUGCAAUGUAUAUCAACACUGAUGUAAACUUUAACAAAACUGUACUUACAUUUCCCCUGCAGUUUAACAAAACACCAAACCAUUAACUUUUUAAAACAUAUAAUUAGGGAUAAUAUUCCAAAGUGAAGAGGGAUUACUUAGGAAAUUCUUAAGCCAGUUUUAAAAGUGUUGUUUAGAGUAAUAAAAUCCACAAAAUCCAGUCCCACUUGUUUUAUUAGAUUCGUCAUUACUGAUUUUUGUAAUAAAGUGGACCAGGGGUCUCCGACAUGUCGCUCAGAACACACGUCUGAGUAUCUCUCCUAAAGUUUCAUACAAUAU